AUGGGCCACAGCGCGUUGGUCCUGCAGCAAUGGGAUCGUCUCAUGCAGAUUGUUGAGCAGGGUGAUUCAGAAGAGGUUAUCAUUGAUGGCAAGUCGCUUGAUCUGGCUGCGGUGGUUGCCGUUGCGAGAUAUGGCAUACCAGUCGUCCUUAGCGAGUCAACGUACGUUCCUGUUGAGAGAAGCUUCAAGUUCCUCGUCGGCGCCCUAGAGAGAGGUGACUGCCUUUACGGUGUCAACACUGGUUUUGGUGGCAACGCAGAUACAAGAUCGAGUGAUACCCAGAACCUCCAGCAUAGCAUUGUUCGUCAGCUGCAUUAUGGAAUUCAAUCUCCUGGUCUAAGAAGUCGCGCCGGGAUCUUAGGUGGCCGGAGCAAUGGGAUUUCAAAUGGUAUCAACGGGAGAUCCGAUCACGCAUCAGACAUCUUCCUCCAAAAUCGGCCAAAUGAGGACCCAUUUGCUUCCACAUCUAUGCCAGAGUCCUGGGUAAGAGCUUCAAUGCUGAUACGAUCAAAUUCUCUUGCGGCCGGCCAUUCUGGUGUGGCUCUAGAACUUCUCAGGAACAUUGUUAAGCUCCUCAAAACUGACAUUAUCCCUCUUGUUCCCUUGCGAGGAUCCAUCUCUGCUUCAGGAGAUCUGAGCCCUCUGUCUUAUAUUGCUGGUGUCAUUCAAGGGAAUCCGUACCUUAAAGCAUGGACUGGUGUAUUUGGCCAGGACCGUCGACUCCUUCCAGCGAAUGAGGCUUUGAAGACAAUCGAUAUGCCUCCACGAUGCCUAGGACCCAAGGAGGGUCUUGCAAUCACCAAUGGUACAUCCGUGUCUGCUGGUGUUGCUGCACUUGCUUUGCAUGAUGCGCAUCAUUUGGCUGUUUUGGCUCAAGUGCUUACCGCCAUGGGCGUUGAGGCGUUGACUGGAAACGCCGAAAGUUUUGACCAGUUCAUCGCUAGUGUCCGACCACAUCCAGGCCAGCUUGAUUCUAGCAAGAACAUUCGGAAUUUCUUGAAAGGCUCAAAGCUGGCUACUUCGCAUGGCACGUCGAUUUUCGAAAGCGGCAUGAUGCGUCAAGAUCGUUAUGCACUUCGAACCUCAACACAGUGGAUAGGACCUCAGCUUGAGGAUCUAUGUUUGGCACAUUCGCAGAUCAUGACCGACUGCAAUUCAACAACCGACAACCCUCUCAUUGAUACAGAAGGGCAGCAGAUCUUGCAUGGCGGUAAUUUUCAGGCACAAUCUAUUACAUCAGCUGUUGAAAAGAUUCGACUGAGCGCACAACGCCUCGGACGCAUGCUGUUUGCACAAUCCACCGAAAUUGUGAAUCCGGCUCUCAAUAAUGGUCUUCCACCAAAUUUGGUGGCGGACGAGCCCAGUCGAUCCUUUUUGAUGAAAAGCGUUGACAUCGCCACCGCUGCCUACAUGUCAGAACUCAGCUUCCUUGCCAAUCCCGUCGGAUCACAUGUUCUGAAUGCGGAGCUCGGAAACCAGUCAAUCAAUUCGUUGGCUCUAAUCUCGGCCAGAUACACCCACAUGGCACUCGACGUGCUUUCGCAAUUGUCAGCUGCUUACCUAUACUCGCUUUGUCAAGCGUUGGACUUGAGAGCUUUGCAGACACAAUACCUCCUGACCGUCUCAUCCAGUCUUCGUGAGUCGAUUUCCGCUGGGUUGAGCUCAUUCGUGGUUGAGGGUCAUAAUAUUGAAGAAUUGAUCUCCUUGUUGUGGAGCCACUUUGUGAAGGAACUGAAUACCUCCACAGGCAUGGACUCAAGCCAACGGUUCCGUCACAUCUUCGUUCGAUUGACAGGGGUCGCUAUCUCUUGCGGCUUUCUGCAGGAAGACGCAAAACUCCUUCCAGCCAUCAAGGUCUGGGCAAAUCAAAGCUGUGAAGUCGCCCUCGCUCUUUUCUUACAAAUUCGCGAGGAUUACGCUUGCCAACCCCAUGCCACCCCUUUCCUCGGAAAAGCAAGUCAACGCAUCUACAGCUACGUGCGACAUGAUUUGGGGAUACCUUUUCUCAAACGUGAAAGGACCAUUGGGCCUCAAGCAGGACCUUUCGAUGAGGGGCCGGGCUGUGAAGGAACAACCGGUUCGAUGAUGACCAUCAUCUAUGAUGCUAUACGUUCAGGCAACUGGAUCGGCAUCGAGCUCGACGAUGACAGUGGUAAGAAUGAUGGAACUGUCCAAGGCCAGAGAUAUUUCGUCUGCCCACCACAGCGGGGCAUGUUUGUUCGUCCCGACACCCUCACCAGAAGCCUUGAGCAACCCCCCUCUGAGACGAAUGGGAAAAGGGCAGACAAAUCUGUACAUGAGGCCGCAACAAGGCCAAGGCAAUCGGUGAUGUCUGCGGAGACAGCACGGAAGAGGCAGAGUAUGAUGGGACCAGGGUCGCAACGCUCCGUACCUGGGUCCCGGUUGUCUCUUAGAUCGCCGACGAAGUCUCCUACGAAAAUAACGCCAAUCCAUGAUGACAACUCCAGUCGAUCAUCCCCCCGCACAAAUACUCCUGCGACUCCCCGGACAUCUGAUUCAAGUACAAGGUCCCGUCCCAGUGUUGGUGGCCGACCAUCAAUGGGACCUCCGCCACCUCCAACUGCGCCAGGUCGACAACGGCUAUCGCUUGGUACGGCCCUUAACAAAUCUACGACAACCGAUCCUUCUGCUCGUCCUUCUCGUCUCGGCGCGCGACUUUCUAUAGCAAGUCACCGGCAGGGUCUUUCGACUGGCCGAGAACAGUCGCAAACAAGGAGCCUGGCAAGUGAAGAGACGCCGAUGUCACCAUCCAUUGACGAGGGAGAAGAGGACGAAGAGCAGCUUCCAGAAGUGGAGAAGAGCAGAGGCAUUCAUGUUGAGAGUGUCCAGAAGCCUGCUGCUGCCGAGCCUCCCUCUAACGUUCCUCCAGAUGAAGGCGUGGAGGCUCCAAGUCCGCAGCUCCAGACCAACGGCCUGGGGACUGCUCGAGCAAAGCUGGAUAACUCUCCCGCCCUCCAGAAGGAACUCGAGCAGAUGAAAGUCAAGUACAAAAUUAUGGAAAAGAAGCGAAUGGAGGACCGAGACAGGAUCAAGGCUUUAGAUACUCUAAAGGCGGAAAGAGACAAGUUCGAAAGUACCAUGCAAAGGCUGCAGCGAAAGUGCCAGACUCAGUCACAAGAGAUUACAGAAUGGCGCAGGCAGCUGGCAGACUCGGAAAAAAGAGUAGAGGAGAUCGAAAAAGCUGACGCAGAGCGUGGUACUGAAGUAGAAAUGGCGAUACUGGAUAAAGAGAUGGUCGAAGAGCGAUUGGAAGCUGCAACCGCUGAGUUGGAAAUGUUGAAAGAUAGAUGUGAAGAGCUGAAUCUCGAAGUCGAGGUUAUGCGUGAUGAAAACAAAGAGCUAACAUCUGGCAUGACUUCGGAGGAGAGGUCUAGCGCAGGAUGGCUUCAAAUGGAAAAGGAGAACCAGCGGCUUCGAGAUGCUCUCCUGGCACUUCGCGACAUGACGCAAGAGUCAGAAACAGGUCUGCGGAAUCAUGUGAAAGAGCUUGAGAACGAUCUGAGCGCCUUUGAAACGCUAAAAUCAGAACAUGAAAAGACGAAGUCCGAUUUGACAGCCUCUCAAACCGCUGUCCAGACACUUAAACAGAAUCUCGAUGCGGCCGAAGACCAAGAGCUGGUUGUUGCACAACUCACUGAGGAAAAAGACACUUUGAUAGAACAGGUCGGUGUGCUCUCAAAGAACAUUAUGGCGUUGAAGGAGGACGCGGAUGUCUCGAAGCAGCUCCAGGAGGCUCAGGAUGAAACAGAGAAGCUGUUACAAGAGGACCUUGACGAGGCGCGAGCAUCCGUUCUGGAACGCGAUCAAAAAAUGAAGGAUCAAGCCAAGGUAAUCGAUGAUCUUGAAUACACUCUUCUCAGAUUCAAAGAGGUGCUAGAUGGUCUUCAAAGCGAUCUUGAAGAGCUACGAGUCGACAAACAAAUCACCGAGAGCGAAACCAACGAGCUAGAAGCAAAAUCACGAGCCAUGAUGAACCUCAAUCUGCGCUUACAAAGUACUGCUGCCAAGACACAACUCAAAAAGCUCGAGUCUGAAUUGACUCAAGUGAAUGCUGAAGAUACUGCUUUACACUUAGCAAUCAUCCAGCACUUCGUCCCGGAAACAUUCAAAGAAGAAAGAGGUCAAAUCCUCGCUCUCCUCCGUUUCAAAAGAAUAGCUUCAAAGGCCCAGCUGCUCCGAAGCUCCAUGGAGGAGAACAUGGGCCACUCACCGGAAACCACACAGGGUGACCCGUAUGCGCUCUACGAUCUGAUGGAGAAGCUGCAAUGGGUUUCAUUGUGCUGUUCCCGGUGUCACCAUUUUGGUAUGGGCUGCACUGUUGAGGACUUCUGCAAGUUUGACGCUGCACUCGAUGAACUUGAACCAGUCGAGCGAGCUAUCAAUACGUGGGUUGAUGCUACCAAGAGCCAAGAGAUUGAUAUUGCUCGUUGCGCGCAAGAUUUGCAGCGAGUGAUCGCUCUGCUGUCCGACCUGGCAGAAAAAACCGUACCUUGCAAGCCAGAGACGUAUGCCGACAUGGUAACUAGCUGGUCAGAGAUGGUCCAAGUCUACUCUGAUUCUAUUGGUCUUGAAUUAGGUCUGCUCGAGGAAUCCAUCCGAAGCAAGACCGUCCUACGCGAAGGGGAUGAAGAUGUCUCUCAAUUAAGUCGAAAGAUUCAAAAUUUUAUCGGUCAGACCCACACAAGCCAAGCCGUCGCAGCAAAAGUGCUCCACGCCAUUCAGGAACGUAGAGAACGUUCAAUGACAUUGGGUGAGCCGCAUCUGACACUUUUUCAAGCAGCAGAAGCUGUCGGAAAGGAGCUAUCAGAGUUCGUACGUACCCUUGGGCAGGAGGUGCAACAAAAGUUUAGCGCAGAUGUGGUUGGUAAUGAACUGACUAGGCUGGAUAACGUCUUGGAAAGCAUGCAGGAAGCUGCCACUGGUUGGCUCAAGCAAUCUUCGUACAAGUCUUCCAAAACGGCUUCCACGUUGGAGAUCCUUGGCGAUAUGCUGAAUGCAUUCCACUCUAAGCUCGAAGGGCUACUCAAUGUCGUGUCGAAUCUGUCGAACUUUCUGGAAUUUGAGCGCCACCCAGCUCCAUGGACGGUGCGCGCGAGGACGCUUAAAGAGCAAAAAGUCGUUGAUGGACAAACAGCAGAGGAGCUGCGGAAGCUUAAAUCUGCAGCACGCGAACAUAAUGCCGCCUUGACUGCCAAAGACAAGGCAAUCGAAGAGCAAACUUUAAAACUUCAAUUACUUGAAGCGAGGAGCAAAGGAGCAAAGGACCACACUAUAGCUUUGCAGAAGCUGGAAAAGGAACUUACGGGAGCAAUUGCGGAGCGAGAUAAAGCUGUGUCCGAGCUGAAAGGUCUCAUGAGAGAGAAACAGGCUCUGGAGCAGGAGUACGAAGAAGCAAGCGCAAGGCUCACGAUGCUGACUCAGAUUGGAGAUUCUGGGGCGUCUGCCCAGUUGGCAUCACUCGAUGAAAGCGCAUCCCAGCAGCUUUCAAUCGACAUCGAACAGUGCCGGGAAGAGAUUGCAGAUCUACAAUCUGCUGUGCGUUUCCUGAAAGCCGAAAACCAUCGUUUGCUGUACCCAGUCUCGCCACCUUCACUAGUCACCACUGGCCAUGUAUGGCUCGAAACCAAUCCUUUGCCAAGACUUGAAGGAAUCAAGAACGGACGUGGUGCUGCCGUUGCGGCGGAGGCGAAACAAGUUUUGAAGAGGCUGUUGGAUGUGUCGUCGGCAUUGAAACCACUGCGACUGCAAGACCCCUCUGAGACCAAUACUGGAGAUAAGCAGAGCUCAUGGCGGCCUGUUAGAACAACACCAAUGUACCUUGCCUCACAGCAAAGAGAGGAAUAUGAAAAGUGGGCGGAGUGGAAAGACGACCUGGUGCGGUACGCGGUUCGUGGCCAGCGGCGAAAGGAUAGUAUGACUACAGGACAUCCAGCCAAGGGGUCUAAGCCUUGUGUGACAACACCCCAUAGUGAGGUGGCGGAUGUGGUGGAAAUUGUGGAUUCAUCACCUUGA